UUGGGCAGUCAGUUCUUGCUCUGUUCUAAUCUUUUUAAGAUUUAUGUAAAAGUUGCAUCAAAAGAAUGAAUCAGAUUCUUAAAUAUGCUGUAUGUCUGGUGCUUAGAGCAAUGAAAUGCUCUGCAUAAUGUCAAUUGAUUGCGGUUCCACUCAAAUCACAUUGAAAUGAAACUUAGAUGUCAUUGAACCCCCACGCGAAUAUUUUGUACGUUAAUAAAAUUAAUGAAAUUUCAUUAUAUCAUGCCUUAAUUUUAUUUUUAUCAUUAACCAUUAAAUUACAAUUAUAAUUAAUUAAUAAAUUUCAUGUUCUUGUACUUUAGUAAUGUGAAACUUAAGGGAAAUACCAAGCUUGACCGCAAGUCGUGACUUAUUGGCUAUAAAUUAGAACUUUAAUGCAGGUGAUCUUUUUAGUAUAAAUAAUCGAUGAAUUUUGAUUUGACAAAGUUAAUUCAAGUUGAAGUGUCUUCAGAUUAUAUUUUAGAGGUAUAAAUAAAUCAAAUUAAAAACUUCAAACUAGUCAACAAUUAGAAAUAGAGCCAAAAAUGAAUCUACAAAAAAUAAAGUUUUCAAUCUUAUUGAUAUUUCUGUCAGUCAGCAUUGUCCAUUCUCAAACAAUCAGCAGUUUACUCUCUGGUUCAUCAAGUAGCAGGAAUGCUAGAUCUUCAUCAAGCUCAUCUUCGGGCUCUAAAACUUUAUCAGAAAAUUCUCCACAGUUUUCCAACGAGACAUCUUGCUUACCAAAAGAUUGUAUUGAUGGCUUAAUAUUCGAUGAAAUCUCUUGUAGCUGUGUGCCUAAACAUGAUCCAGAAUGUCCACCAAGAUUUAUUUAUGACUCACUACUUUGUCGUUGUGUUUGUGGCUUUGAAAAGGUUGACUGUCCAAAUGGUUUCAAGUGGGAUGAGAAUCAAUGCAAGUGUGCCUGUCCAAACUCUGAAAUUUGCAAACCAGAAUUCAUUUGGAGUGAACAAGAAUGCAAAUGCAGCUGCAAUUUACAGAAGGAAUGUCACAAAAAUUUCACAUUUGAUCAACAAACUUGCGACUGUGUAUGUGACCAGAAAAUUGUAGAUGCUGGAUGUCCAAAUGGAACAGUCUUUGAUCACACAAUUUGUCAAUGUGUGCUUGGUGCUCAGCCAUCGUGUCCACCUGGAUUUAAGUAUGAUGAUCAGUCUUGUGACUGUGUUUGUGAAAAAGUUACUGAAUGUGGAAAAUCUGAAAUUUGGGAUGACGACACUUGCAAGUGCAUUAAAAUUAUUAAGAUUCGUUAACUUGCUGAUGAUGAUUUAUUAGAGGGAUCAUCUUUUGCAAAAAAGAAGUUUUAAGAAUUCCCGAGA